AUGGGCAUACCGUUUGAUGAGUUCGAUGAAAUCGAAAGCGAGGAAGCCCUGGACACUUGCCUCUCUACAAAUUGCCACUGUGAAUGCCACGACGACAUGAACGAAGAAAUUGGCGUUCGAUGGGAGGCUGGCGUGCGCAUCCAUGAGGACGAGGAUGGUCCUCCAUAUGACAGGAAAGGCAUUCUUCCAUUCCUCAGACUGCCUAGUGAGAUUCGAGAUAAAAUCUACGGUUACGCGUUCCUCCAGGAAGGCCUUAGGCGAAACAACCCUUAUCACCGGGGCUCAAUUCACACCAGCCUCUUAAGCACAUGCCGUCAGGUGUACAAAGAGGCUGGUCAUUUACCACUUACCAUCAACCGGCUUUGCUUCACUAGACCCGACUUUGCGCACGAUUUCAUUGGCUUUGCCCUAGCGCCGUCUGUUCACCACCUCUUUACAAAACUAUCGGUUGAGUCCCACAUAUCUGAGUGGUUUGGGCUCAAUAGUAAUCUACUUUGGAAGCGACUCAAGACGUUGCCCGUCACCCAUCUGGACAUCACUCUAAAGGGGGCCUAUGGAAUUGAGACACUCAAAGGGCACUGCUGCUUCACUAACGCGAUCAAGGAUAUCAAGACGCUUAAAACCUUCAAUAUCAGACUUGUUUCAUUCCGAGUAUCAAAGACGCAGAACGAAGAGAUUCAGGAGGAAUUGAGGACCAAACUCAUCGACGGCUACGUGGUCAAUAAGAAAGACAAAGCGUCCAAGCUCGAGACAAGGGCAGCCGGAAAGCGAAAGGAGAAAGGGAGUAGCAAGGCCAAGCCCGCACCAAAACGUGCGAAAAAGGAGCAAUCCAAGUGCUCGAGAAAUACAAAAGCUAAUAGUAAGAUGCAUCGUGCACGAGACGACAUGCUCGUGUCAUACGAAGCUAUGAAAGCAUUUGCUGCAAGCCUGGAGCGAGGAUCAGCAGCCGUCAGAAUCCGCCUUGAAGAAGCACGUGAAGCCGCUGAAAGUCUGGAUCAGGACAAGUUCGAGAGCUUGGCUCGGAGCGUUUCUUCAACGUUGGAGGAGCUCUUUGCCAAAACCAAUGGGGCUAGAUUAGAAAUGCUAAGAGCCACUGGAGCACUCGGCAAUGCCUCUGGAUCUUUGGAAACAUUGCGCCUCUCGUGA